UCAGAACCUUGUGCCAAAGCCCCCGCAAGGCCCCGGGCCCAGCCGAGAGGCCAAUAUAGCAAAGGCAGAAAAGAAGGCCAGAGAGGCUAUCAAGGCUAGAAGGGCUAGGGAGGCUAAGGCAGGGGUGAAAAAACUAAGCCGCCAAGUAGUUGGUGUGUUGGCACUGCCUCAAACUCUUCUAUCUCGAACAACCAGUUACAGUGUCCUGCCAGCUAUCAAGAAGGGCACUAAAGUUACUAAAAUGGAGACAACAGAACCCCUAUGUCCCUUGACACCUGAUGGGGAGAUAAUGAUGACGACCACCCAUGCAGCACGGGCAGCUCCUUCCCAGACCCUGGAAGAAGAGGUGGGGGGAGCUGAGGUCUCCGAGAUGAGUGACAGCUCCCUGAUGCCCACCAAGAACAGGCAGGACUCCCUGGAGAAGAUUCCCUCCCUCCUACCAGGCAAGGAGGACAUCCUCCUUCGCAGCACUCCCUGUGCCACCGUCAUGAGCCCCCAGACUCUGAAGUUUAUUCUCCAUGGCAUCAUGUGCCAACUGGAGGCCUCAGAGUCCCCCCAGACAAGGAGGGCCAAUGACCCCUUCAGGCUGAUGAAGGAUCUCUUUGUGGAGGUCCAGCAUGCCCUGAAGAAUGCUGACAUCUCUGUCGUCUUUGGCCUGGAGGAGAGCAUCCAAUUCAGUGGGCAGGAUGCGGUGAAGGCCAUCGUGAAGACUGCGGCUAAAAGAUUGUCCCUGCGUUCGGACUCCAACCGGGCUCAACUGCGUGCCGCACGCUCUGGUAGCGAGGGAGCCAUCGGGUGCAUGGCGGACACCAUCACACAAGUCAUAGAUGACUAUUCCGAGAACUGGAGUUCCGACGGCCAUUUUGGAGCCAGGAGGAGCCGUGCUAGUGGGAGAUCACACUCCUCAACCUCCUCAAGGAGUGACGUCACCCUCACCGAGGAGCUCCUGGCUUGGAGGGAAACCCUAGAAGAGGACCUAGAGGAGAUGGCUGAUGACAGCACUGGUUUGGAAAAGACCAGUGUAAGCUCAGCCAUCUCUGAGAAGUCCCAGGUAAUUAGCUACCUUUCUGAAAGCACCAAGCCCAUCAGCAGCGCCCUCUCCACAGACCUCAAGGACAUCACCUCCACACAGAAAGAGAAGGAAGAGGCUACGAAGAAAGAAGUGAGGAAGUCAGGAAAGAAGAAGCGAGGAAAUAACAAGGACCAGAAGAAGAACAAGGUGUCUCCUCUUGGCAAUGAUAGUAUUGUAUCUGCAGAUGAGCCUAAGAAAAAACAGGCUCUCCUCCCGCGGAUCACAGCCGCCCUGGCAAAACUAUUUUGCUUCCCCUGCAAGUGCCAUCACACAAACCGAAACAGGCAAAAGCCUACGUAA